ACUAGAACAAUACAACUGCACAGUUAUCCACUACUCCCAUCCUACGCCACAUUCAUCCCAAGUUUACAUCAAACAUGAAGCGGCUGCGAGAACAAACCGUACGCGAUGCGAUUAUCCAACUUCGGCAAGGAAAAUCUGUCCGCGAGGUCUCAAGAUCCUUGCAUAUCUCUACUUUCUCCGUUUCCAAGAUUCGUCAAAGGGACAAGGAGAACGUUCCAUCCCCUAAAAUAGGGCGUCCUUCGAAGGUUUCGAAGAAGACCAAGACCUUACUUGCUCGUCAUUUCGUCACAGGAAAAGCCGUAACCCUCCGCGACGGCCAGCGACUUAUCCAAUCGGUGCAAGGAGUGCAGGUUCAUGUAGACAGUGUCCGGAACUACCUUAAACAGGAGGGCUUAAAAGCAUACGUCCAGCCUAGGAAGCGUGAUCUGACACCGGAUCAAAUCAGAGCACGCUACGAAUUUGCUAAGGCGCACUUGAAAUGGACCGUGGACGACUGGAAGAAUGUGAUGUUCUCGGAUGAAACUAUA